AUGGCUCAUUCGGUAAGUUUGUGUAUUUGUUUUGAAUAUAUGUUAAGAUAUUUUCAGAGUCAUAGGCUGAAUUAAGUUGUUUUAGAAUAUGUAUUUUCGAUAUUUUUAGAUUAAUAUGUUUCUGAUAUUUCUAGAUUAAUAUGUUGGAUCUGAUCAAAGCUUGUGAAGCUGAAAGUGAACUCGAUUUUCUUCAGGAUUCGUUUAUGCUCACUGAUGAGCAGAAGGAAGCUGUCCUUCAACAGCGCAUUAUAUUUUGGACGAACGCGAUGGCCGAAGAUAUUGAACGGGAGAAUCCGGUUGGAGUUGUUAAUGCUUCAUGGAUAAUUGGACCGAGGAUCAGCGUCGCCUGUUCAACGAAGACUGGGCUAAUGAUGAUGGUUUGUGCGAGGAACUCGAACAGUUACCUGAACCGCCAGAAAACCAAAAGGGUGAAGGGAGCAAGCGAAAGCACGCCAGUGAUGACGUCCCCUUAA